CCCCACGCCCCUGCUGGGCCUCUGUCGCCCCAGGCUGCCCUCCCCUACCGUGGCCCAUGCCGCUGUUGUACACAGAUGCCGCCCCCAGGACUCCCUUUCUCCAUGUGCUGACUGGACCCCCAGCCCCCUGCUGGCCCCACACGAGCCCCAGGAUCGCGUCCCUGACAUCGAUCCCCCAUUCUCCCCGAGAGACAGCACAUACCAGUCUCCUCCUUUCCCUGGCAUUAUUAACCCCCCUCAGGUACAACGCAUACCGCACACCCACCUUCCCACAGUUCCGGACGCAAUACAUCCGGCGCAGGAGCCAGCUGCUGAGAGAAAAUGCCAAAGCGGGGCAUGAGCCUGCCGUUCGAAGGCAGUACCUCAAGCUGAGGGCCCAGCUGUUGGGGCAACGCUAUGGACCUCUGUCGGAGCCGGGGAGCUUCCGCGCCUACAGCAACAGCGUCGUCCGGAGCAGUCGAACCACACUGGACCGAAUGGAGGACUUUGAUGAGGACCCCCGGUCCCUGGGGGCCCGAGGGCACCGCCGCUCCAUCAGCCGUGGAUCCUAUCAGUUGCAGGCCCAGAUGAAUCGGGUCAUCUAUGAUGAGCGGACCCCAGGCAGUGUGGUGCCCACGUCAGUGGCAGAGGCCAGCCGGGCCAUGGCUGGGGACACUUCACUGAGUGAAAACUAUGCUUUUGCUGGGAUGUACCACAUCUUUGACCAGCAUGUGGACGAGGCUGUUCCCAAGGUCCAGUUUGCCAAUGAUGACCGCCACCUGCUAGCCUGUUGCUCCCUGGAUGGCAGCAUUUCUGUGUGCCAGCUGGUACCUGCCCCCCCUGUGGUCCUGCGCGUGCUCCGUGGGCAUUCACGUGGUGUGUCUGACUUUGCCUGGUCCCUGUCCAAUGACGUCCUUGUGUCCACUUCGCUGGACGCCACCAUGCGCAUCUGGGCCACUGAAGAUGGCCGCUGCAUCCGGGAGAUCCCUGACCCAGAUGGGGCUGAACUGCUCUGCUGUACCUUCCAGCCAGUCAACAAUAAUCUCACUGUGGUGGGCAACGGGAAGCACAAUGUGCACGUCAUGAACAUCUCCACGGGCAAGAAAGUGAAGGGUGGCUCCAGCAAGCUGACCGGCCGUGUGCUGGCCCUGUCCUUUGAUUCGCCCGGACACAUCUUAUGGGCCGGGGAUGAUCGCGGCAGCGUCUUCUCCUUCCUUUUUGACAUGGCUACAGGGAAGCUGACCAAAGCCAAGCGCUUGGUGGUACACGAAGGCAGCUCCGUCACCAGUAUCAGCGCCCGUUCCUGGAUCAGCCGGGAAGCCCGUGACCCCUCCCUGCUCAUCAAUGCCUGCAUCAAUAAACUGCUCCUGUACCGGGUGGUGGAUAACGAGGGCACUCUGCAGCUGAAGAGAAGCUUCCCAAUUGAACAGAGCCUGCACCCUAUCCGGAGCAUCUUCUGUCCCCUCAUGUCCUUCCGCCAGGGGGCCUGUGUGGUCACAGGCAGUGAGGACAUGUGUGUCUAUUUCUUUGAUGUGGAACGAGCCACCAGGGCCAUCGUCAACAAACUGCAGGGCCACAGCGCCGCCGUGCUGGAUGUCAGUUUUAACUGUGAUGAGAGCCUUCUGGCCUCGAGUGACGCUGGCGGGAUGGUCAUCGUGUGGCGGCGAGAGCAGAAGUAGCCGUCGCCUACGCCGAAGAAAGGCCCAGGCCUGGGCCAGGCACGUGGUCUCAGUGAACUGAGGAGGGGCAUAGCAGUAGCGGGGAGGAGAGGGGAAGACUGUGCUAAGCUAUCAUAGGUGUAGACCUCUGUAAAUAAUAAAAAUCCAUGUCUGGUGA